CAGGUACCAUGCAGCACGUAUAUAUCGCGACAAUUGUUCUGCUUUCAGUGGCCAUGUCCAGUGUCUUGUCGUACGAGAAGAAAAGCGAUAUGAGCGAGUUCGCAUCAGCUAUCAAUGGAGCCAGCCGACUACGAUACGGGAAACGUAGCUACUUCGGAUACCCCCUGAAUAGCUUCCAGCCAUCGGAUUACGAGGAUCAGUUCAUCUAUGCCAAACGAGCUCCUCUCACUAACAAAUUGAUUCAGUCGCUGAACGGAGCAGAACGUUUAAGGUUUGGACGGAAGUGAAUGAGCCGGGUGUUUGAUGAUGGACGCAUCGUUGUUUGUGAUUGCACUAGCCUUCUAGAUCUCUUACUACGCACUUCCUCCAAUUCUUCCGAUGUAUCACGCGAACUGGCGGGUUUGGUGAUGAUCUCGACGCCGAACUCAACAUAAUUCUUUGAUGUCGCGUGUUUAUUCGUCAGAGUCAAAGUAAAAUAUUGUUG